AUGCGACUCUCCUGCAUGUUUCUCGUUCUGGUCGCUGACCUGACGUAUGCUGCCUUCCCUCCAUCAAAUCUCAUCCCCGAAGAGAACCCCGCUAUUCAACAAGCAAAGCGAUCGAUUUCCCCUGGCAGUUUGCAUCGGCGCCACCCUGCACUCCCGCCAGCUGACCUUGUACCUGACGAGAACCCAGCGACCAAGAAUACCAGGCGCUACCCUCCCCCUCGUUCCAAUCCUGAGUAUGAAGCACACCUGAACAAGCGCCAGUUCGGACCCGACCAGGUAUUGCAGACCCCCGGACCCGUUCCGCUCUGGUUUGACCUCGGACCGACCUACUACGAUGUCGUCCAGAGCAAGGUCGCAGACUGCUGGCUUGCCGCCGCAUCCAUCGCUGUCGUCCUGGCCUCGCACGACUGGAUGUCCCACCUCUUCUACGGCCCAGACGGCAAGACCCUCGCUGGGACUGCCGACCCCUCACUCGCCGAGACCCAGGUCAUGCUGUGGGACCCGUCUCCACCCCGGAAAAACUAUCUCUUCAAGACCUCCGCAUUCAAUCAGUCCAAGACGGAAGAUCGGCCGGGACAGCGAUGGUGGAAUUCGGCGCUCGUGCAGGGAAUGUUCCAAUUGGGCACCAAGACCUUCAUUCAAGGCAUAUCCGAUGGCAAUGGAACACUGCACCCAUUGGGCGGUGAUGCGCAAGCGGCACUAUCGGCAAUGACGGGCUACUCGGCGACGAGCAAGUACGGGACCAAGUGGUAUGGGUCAAACCGUAACAUGCUAUUUGACGAUCUGUCCAAGGCUUGGCCGCUCCACACCCCUAUUCUGUUCGCUACUGGACCGAACACGACCGAGGGGAACGGGUUCGCCAAUUCGGUUCUCCACGGCAACCACGCGUACGCCGUGAUGUGGACGACGCCGGCCCAAACGGCGAUUCUGCAUAAUCCGUGGGGGCUCAGCCUUGAGGCGAACAUGACAGAUAUACUGAACAACAUGGAGAGACUGGUGCAUUUGGAGAGCUUUAGGACGCUGAAUUGGACGAUGGCGACCGCGGGGCAGGUGUGA